AUGACAAGACCCUCGCAGACCAUCAUCCCAGACCCCAAUUCGAACUAUCCCCCCUCGACUCCCGCAGGCAGAACGACAACCCGCACAAUUACCGCGACUCAAACUUCGACCCAUACUUUCGAACCUCCCAGUCCCGCCCCACCAACCACCAGCCCACUUUGCAGAACAAUCAAGCCCACAUCCAAGCAUCUACUACGCAUCCUAUGA